GCUCGCUUGUCGCCGUCGGUGUGAUGUUUUGAGGCCACGCGUCUUAUUGUUACGUUCAAAACGUGUGUUCUGAAUCCGCUCCGGCGUUUCAAGCGAGUCCCAUGCUGCAGCUUUAAAGACGCAGCGCGCUCUCGGGGGUGUUGUGUGACCGAGGAUGGAUCUAUUCUGGCACACGCAUGCAAGAUACAAAUCAAAUGACACUUUCCUGCUCUCAGUCAUGCAGGUGCUGACAGCUUUAUUGUUUUGUUAUGUCUUCAGAGAUCAAGUCUUACCUAAUCCACUAAUCAACCACACCCACAACAUUGAUUUCUGAUUCAACUAACUGAGCCUUGUUCUUCUAAAAGUGGGUUACAACUCAGAGGUAUGGGACUUUUAAUAUGCAUGCCAUAAUUCAAUCUAAAUAUGGAGUCAGUGCAGUAAAUGUGAUUGUGGCGUAUCAAACAGAUUGCAGUGAUUUAAAGGAAAGCAAUCUUUCAUAUUAGGAUUUUGGUCUCUGUUUUAAUGUGUUUUUUCAGCCUGAAAUGUGUGAAUUCUAUUUAUAUUCAAGGUGUUUGUCAAUAGACUAUCUUAAGUGAGGGUCUAUUGCAUAAUCAACAUCUCAGGCUGGAGUUCUGGGCUAAGUGUCCUUCACUGCAGCAGGAAUGUCACAAAUGCAGGUCAUGGGUAAAGAUGUGCUGGUAUUUUUCCAGUGUCUGUGCCACUGGUUUUCCUCCUGCAAUCUGGUAUAUCAGGAUGCAUGUUUUCAAGGUUCCCCCUUCAACACUUCAUAGAAGGCCUCUAUGUCAGGUUGCCAGUAAUAGGCAACAGCUAUGCUUGUACAGUCCCCUUAAAUCUCUAAAUAAAGGCACAUUAAAUAUAAGAAACAACAAAUGAAAAAUCACCGAUGUUAUUCAUCAUUUAAGAUGUAAAUUCCUCCAAUUUGACAACUACUUCAACAAACUUUAUUCAAAAUGUAUUUUGGUCUUUUGAAGUUUGGCAUAUCAUGAAUGGUGAGGGCAUCAACAGUGACACCACACACACUUCCACACAGAAGGGAAGGAGGCAUUCAUUACAGCUGCCGGUUCUCUGCUGAAUGUGUGCAUCAAUGUAGUAAAUUGUCUUGAGAAUCUUAACCCUCCUGUUACCUUUAGGGUCAAUUUGACCCCAUUCAAUGUUUAACGUCGGUGUUCUUUGGAGUCAAUUUGACCCCAGGCUGUUUUUCACUGUGUCAAACAUAAGAAAUAUCAACUUUUUAAUAUAUUUAAAGGGCUAUUUAGGUAGUCAACAAACAAACAAAGUACCUCACACUUAAACUUGGGAAACAAUAUUAAUUCUAAUAAUUUUCUGGAGGUUUUAAUAGCUGGGGUCAAAUUGACCCCGAGGGUAAAAUAUGUUAGGAAAUGUGAAGGUAACAGGAGGGUUACAUCAGAAGGACCUGAAAUGCAAAAUAUAGCAUUGUUUGUUCCAUUUGCAUAACAGGUUUCUAUCACGGAGCUAUUCGAGUGGACCCAAAAGCACGACUCCGGAGACAGCACUGCAAAUAAUUAUCAUAUCAUAAUACAGAACAGAACACUACGAAAUAUCUUGACUCAUGUAACGCGUGAGGGAUUGGGCUGGAAACAAAAAACAAUCUGGCAGAGGACAAGUGAGGGAACCUAAGUAGACAGGGACUAACGAGGGAAUGGGCAACAGGUGAGAUGGGCAUGAAGACCAGGUGAAGGUAAUGAGGGACUAACGAGGGAGUGAUCAGAGGCAGGUGAGAGAACAGGUGAAGGGAGUUGGACUGACGAGAUGGGAAGCAGGAUCUGGAAUGAUGUGAUAGUUAGUGAGACAGGAUGAAAACAACUAAUACAAAAAGGAAGGCGUGGAGCCAAACUGUUACAGUUUCUUUCCAUAACCUUUAUAUCUGGAUACUUUUCAGUAACUUAGGGCCAAGAUAAGUGGAAUCACUCAUAAUUAUACAGCAAACAAGCAGAAACUGGAGAUCUUACCUUCCUGAACAUAUUUCUUGACUUUAAACUAAUGAGUGAUAACAGCGAUUCUUACACCUUCUCUAUAUGCCUCUACUUGCAGCUCUAAGGACUUGUGACUCAAGGUACUUUUAUUAUCUUAUAAAUAGCUCAUAGUGAGUGAACAGGAUUGUGUGCACAACUCACAUAUUAGUUUAUAUAACUAUAUAUUGAUAAAGACAACGCUUCAUUUACUUGAGCAAGAAAAUCGGAGUUAGAGAGUGGAAUGUGCAGCUGGUAGCAACACAGCCACCACACACUAGAUGGUUCUUGAUAAAGAAACAACAACAGGUAGGCUUCCUGUUGAUAAGGUAUGUCAAGUGUCCUUUAAAAGCCUCCGAAAUAGAUGGAACUCGUCAUUUCAAGUGGCAUCUCCUGCGACAGAUAGAAGGAGAUAAUGAGCUUUACUUCACAUCCUUCAGAUCAGGGAGGUUGAUAAACACAAGACCCUCAGGUCAGAGUUUAUUUAAUUUGUCACUUCACUUUGCAGGGACUGAAUCUGAGGAUCGGAGGACGUAGCAGCUGGACCGAGGGGAGGAAAUGACACCAGGAAAGCAGACGCAAACAAUAAGUCUUUCUGCUGACAGCACAACUAGAAGCCCCGAAGGAUCUCCAAUGACCCAACGGCCACCACCAGCUCUUAGGGACAAACGGAGGGUUUAGAAAACAUGCUGUCGGCACGCAAGACGGGAGCAGAGUCAGAUCCCUCAGACCUCGGAGACGAAUCCACUGAGCCGUCAUCAAAUGUUUCCAAAUGCCUCGCUCGGGAGAGAAGCACCGACUCAGACCGUCCGAAGCCUUCAUCGCCGUCCGGCUGUAAUGUGUCAGAGCGUUUGUCACUUUGCUCCGAGUCCGCACCAAAGAAUGACGAUUUCAGGGUUUGUAGCAAUUGCGGCUCGUCAGAACCUGCGUUCCCUCGUCUACCUCACUUCUCCCGUGACCUUCUUUCCACUCUGUCUGAAUCUUUUUCAGAGUUUCACGUCAAACAAGAUCCCGCGCUCUCCUUUUCCCUCGUGCGAGGAGGUAGUCCGUCUCAAUCUUUCGGGGUCGUGACAUCGACUCCGGAGGGUUCGGUGGAGCCAUUUGUCACCGAGCCUCCCUCCAGCUCUGAACGCAGUGGAGACACUCAUCUGUUACGGUCGUUUUCACACGAGUCGGAUAGUUUAGAGAGCGAUUCGGCGACAGCCCCCGUGUCGGACCUUUACAUCUCCGAAAGUGAGACGCAGGACUUCAUCCUGAGCGCUCACAUCGAUCCUGACUGCGAUUCACACAGCGCGGCGUCACGAUGUCAUCGCGGCUCCGGUGAGGAACGAGCGAUGGUCGACCGUGAGUCCGAUGUGAGCCGACACGCGGGACCACCUGCUGCGGAGGCCUGCGAGGGAGGCUUGAUGCUGGUAAAUGACGGGAGCCGAGGGAACGCAGAGACCAUCGGUUUAACCCCCCAACCACAGCAGAGGAAUAGCCCCAUCGAGCUGUGGCUGGAUGCUUGCCAGUAUCUGGCAGGUGAGGAUACGGAAGACUGGAGGGUUUUGGACAGGACCAGAUAUGUGCCUCGAGGAGGGCUCACCAGUGAAUUGUCUUUUCCCCCAGGAGAGACACAAGUGUCGGGUUACAACCUUGACGGUAGCGACGGCAUUGGCUGGUCCAGCGAUGACGCCAUCGGUUGGGGGCCACCGGUUGAGAGGUGGUCAUCAGUGGACAGCUGGGCAAGCGCACUCUCAGACUGGACCGGGAUUAUCGCGGCUCCGCCAGAGGAUUUCACGGCCGCCUUCACAGAAAUCGGGGCGGAGAUAGACGCUCUGACUCAGGCUCUAGCGGAGGUAAAAACUCACUUAGGAACAGAGGCGCCGAGAGAGGGAAAGGGUCAAGGGGCAGCAGCGUGGGUCCAAUCGCAGCCGCCCAUGGGCGUCCAGAACCAAAACCUCCCGGAGAGCACCGUCCUCUCGGGGCAGAGGUGUCCCUCUUUGUGCCUCGAAGCUGCAGGAGCCGAGUCCAGAGACAAAGAGGGAUCCCAGAGCGGCGAAUCGUUGUGCGAGUCGACGCGAGAAGAAAAGGAGUUGGAAGAAAUCCAGAGCUCAUCCGCGGGCUCAUCCGGAGAGGCGGCGGCCUCUCCUGGAGGACACGGCGGCGGUGCGAUCCCUGGAUCUACUUCUUCUUCUGCUGACCCGACCCCUUCUCCCUGGGAGGGGUGUGUCGAGUCGGACCUUUUCUUCAGCAGCGAAGAAGAUCAAAUCGUGCUGAAUAUAACGGAGGAUACCGAUGUGGAGGGACACGACACACCUGGAGGUCUGAGGAUUGGAAUGCCCUUCGGAGAUGAAGUGUGUGAAGUGUGUCCCAGCUGCGCUCGUUAACCGAGCAGGAAGUCCAAAGGAGCCGCGGGCCGGCCGAGGUCGAC